AUGAUUGAAAGGUUUACCAGCGAAUUCCAAACACACCGCCAAUACAGUUGUAAACGUAUAAUUGCCAGCAUUUAUACCCGUGCUAGGAGUAACCUUCGCCGUGGUAGCGCAUACCUUUACUCUAUAUUUGAGCCCCAAACACGUGACUCAGAGAAAAUGACGGAAGAGAAUGUGAUGCGCAACAUCCGCAUCAGCAAGCUCGUGCUGAACAUCGGUGUGGGAGAGUCUGGCGAUCGUCUCACCCGCGCCGGCAAGGUGCUCGAGCAGCUGACCGAUCAGAAGCCCGUCUUCUCCAAAUGCCGCUUCACCAUUCGUUCGCUUGGUGUUAGGAGGAACGAGAAAAUCGCCUGCCACGUGACUGUGCGCGGCAAGAAGGCCCUGGAACUGCUUGAGCGUGGCCUCAAGGUCAAGGAGUACGAGCUUAAGAAGGAGAACUUCUCAGACACCGGCAACUUCGGGUUCGGUAUCCAGGAGCACAUUGAUUUGGGGUUGAAAUACGAUCCCUCAACCGGUAUUUACGGUAUGGACUUCUACGUGCAGCUGAUCAGGCCCGGCUACCGUGUCACCAAGCGCAGAAAGUGCAGGGCUAGGAUCGGCAAUAGCAUUGAUUUCCGUCAAAUCCGGGUCAUAGGUCAUAUAAAGAUGGCGAUCCAGAUCACUGCUUCCGACCAGUUCCAGCACAUCCUUCGUAUCCUCAACACCAACGUUGAUGGACGGGAGAAGAUCACAGUCGCCCUGACCGCAAUCAGGGGUAUCGGACGCCGUAUGGCCACUGUGGUUUGCAAGGUUGCUGGCAUCGACGUGACCAAGAGGGCUGGCGAGCUCACCAACGAUGAGAUCAACAAGGUGGUGACCAUCAUCGGCUCCCCGGCCGACGUCAUGAUCCCCGCCUGGUUCCUCAACAGGCAGAAGGACUACAAGGAGGGAAAGAACAUGCACAACACCGCAAACAUGCUCGACACCUGCCUUCGUGAGGACCUCGAACGCAUGAAGAAGAUGCGCCUCCACAGGGGUCUCAGGCACUACUGGGGACUCAGGACCCGUGGUCAGCACACCAAGACCACCGGCCGUCACGGCAGGACCGUGGGUGUUGCAAAGAAGAAGUGA